AUGGUACUCCCAAUAGAAGAGAGAAAGUCUGAAAUACAGGAUUUAAUCCAGAACAACCAAGUAUUAGUCUUAUCCAGUGAGACUGGUACAGGUAAAACAACACAAGUACCCAAGUACAUAUACGAAAUGUAUAACAAACCAGUUGUAUGUUCACAGCCCAGAAGAAUUGCUGCUAUAAGCAUAGCUAAACGGGUUUCAGAAGAAAUGCAUGCAACACUGGGCAAGCUAGUUGGGUAUUCUGUAAGAUUUGAGGAGUGCAAAUCAGACUCAACAAUGAUAAAGUAUGUAACCGAUGGUACCCUUAUUAGAGAUUUCAUUAAUGAUCCAAGUAUAUCGCAGUAUAAAGCAAUAGUAAUUGAUGAAGUGCACGAAAGAACAAUAAACAUAGACCUACUCCUAGGUCUAGUGAAAGAUGCAAUUGCACUAAGAGACGACUUAAAAGUAAUUAUAAUGAGUGCUACACUAUGCACAAACAAAUUUACAGAAUAUUUUCCCGGGGCAGUGACUCUUCACAUUACCAGCCGAUCUUAUCCAAUAGAUGUAAAGUACUUACCGGUUGAAAAGGAUAAUUAUGCAGAAAAAACUGUAGAUGUUGCCAUACAAAUAAGUGAAAAUGAACCAGAGGGAGACAUUUUAGUAUUCUUAACUGGAGAGGAUGAAAUAGAAAACUGCUGCAGGGAGGUAAUGUACAGGCAGAGACAGCUCAAAAACAAACUGGUUCCUCUUCCAUUGUAUUCGUCUUUGCCUAUGCAUGCACAGAAUGCGAUAUUCGAAAAAACAAAUGGGCGCAAGGUUAUAUUUGCCACUAACAUAGCAGAGACAUCUAUAACAAUAGAGAGUGUUGUAUAUGUUAUAGACUCUGGUUAUUCCAAACAGAAAAUAUACGACUCUACUAUGCAAUCAGAAAUGUUAUUGAAGUUACUUAUAUCCAAAUCAAGUGCAGACCAGAGAAAAGGGCGUGCUGGUAGAGUGCGGCCUGGAAUAUGUUACAGACUGUAUGAUGAAGAGACAUAUAACAAAAUGGAAUUGUUCACUAUACCAGAAAUAUUAAGAGGAGAGCUGUCUUCUUUGGUUCUAAAAAUGGCCAGGCUAGAGAUAAAGAAUCUGGUUACAUUUGAUUUUAUUGAGCCACCAUUGCCAGAGUCUGUUAUUGUGGCAUUGAAUCAGCUAUACUUUUUAGGUGCCAUAGAUAAAAGCGGAAAUAUAACAGAGGAAGGGCGGCUUUUAGUAGAAUUCCCCCUUGAGCCAAAAGAUGCCAAAACUCUUUUAGAGUCUGUAAGAUAUGGCGUGGAAGAUGAGAUAAUUACACUUGCAUCGAUAUCUGGGAAUCUGAUUUUUGACAGAAAGAAGUUCGACCUUGCUAUAGAUCAUAGUGACCACUUAUCAUUAUAUCUUAUACUUAAAGACUAUGAGAAUAUGGCAGAAAAGAGAAGAUUCUGUUAUGCGCACGGGUUAAACGAAAAGAAUUUAGAAAAUACACUUAAGUCUAAGAAGCAGAUAAAGAAGAUUUUAGAAACACUAAAGCCCAAGAUACAAAAAUAUCCUAACAUAGAUGAAUUUAGUGUACAAGAGAGAGUAGAAAUGUCGAUUCUAGGAGGAUAUUUACUGCAGACUUCAUAUUCUUUAAAGGAAAGAGUUGCGAAUGUAGCUGGGACUGGCACAAGAGUACAGGUAAGAAGACUAACCCCACCAGUUAAAAUGGGAAGAGGCAGGGGGUUCAAUACCUCCAUCGCGCCCAAAUGGAUAGUUUACAAAGAGCUUACAAAAAUGGACGGAAAGUAUGUUAUACGUAUGGUAAGUGAUAUAAGCAAGGGAAUAGCAGAAAGACUAUUCAAGCAGUAUACAGCCCGCCUUGAAGAAAUACAAUUUACACCAGACACAGCUAUUGAAGCAAGUAGAAGAAGAUAAAUUACUAUUCACACAAAUCCUGCAAUAAUUCGAAAAUAAAUAUUAAUUAGAC